AGCCAGGAUAGCCCAAUGUACAUAGGAUCAGAGUCAAAUUAAUUAGGUUUUCAUUACGCGAUUUUUCGUGCAUUUAGCAACAAUACCGUGUUUCGUCUACAAAACGCGAACUGAAACUAUUAUCGACCUAUGAAAUUUAGAGAGGUUUGAAAGUUUUGUCAUGUACAAAGUUUAGACCUUUGAACAAAGAAUUAAGUUAAGCAUAUUAAGGGCAAAUGAAGUGCAACACAAAAAGGGAGCCCAAAGAAAGAUUACUUGCCUCCUUAGCUGAACUAUUAUAGAGAGAUAGAUACUUUACCUUUCUAUCAAUCUUCUUCCUCACUUUCAGCUCUUAUUCUAAAAACUCCACCAAUCUUUUUAUUUCCUUCAACUACACACACCUUAACAAACAACACACUAUAUCCUUCUCUUACAUUGUUCCUCUCUUACUUCGAUCACCAUCUUCAUUCAUGUCUCAGUAUGGAGAUACUAACCCUCAUUUCUGGCCAAGGGAGCCGCCGUCUGAAGAUUUUCCGGCACCGCACCAUAUUCAGCCCGAACCAAGGCAACCUUGGGAUGGUCAUCUUUAUCAUCCCGAUCAACUUCAACAACAACCUGAUAUGAUCCAACUAAGGCCGAGGCAACGCCAAUCAUCUCCUCAUCCUCAUCCUCCGCCCCCCACUGUACGCCCUCCAAGAAGCCCGCCUGAACAUUCCCAUCAACGGCCUCCCAGCCCGCCCCAAAGCCCGCAGAGGCAUCGUCGCCAACCAAGCCCGCCCCAACAUCAUCGCCCCCUACCACAUUCACGGCCUUCUGAGGGACCAGCUUUGGUAUCCCAAGCCCGGCCCAAGCCACAAUCACAUCACCCUCGGCCUGUUGAGGGACCAGCUUUGGUGUCCCAAGCCCGGCCCAAACCCGGAUCACAUCACCCUCGGCCCCACCAUGUGAGCUUCGAACAAGGUGCACCCCUUCCACCUAGGGAGAACCUGAUGUACCCAACACCUAACAGAACCAAACCACUAACAUGGUUUGGAGCAGUAUUCUGUGUAAUACUAUGGCUUGUCAUAAUUCUAGGAGGUCUACUAGUCCUUGUAGUAUACCUAGUGUACCGACCUCGGACCCCACACUUCGAGAUAUCAACCGCAACCUUCAAUGCCGCCUACCUCGACAUGGGCUACCUCCUCAACUCCGACAUCACGGUUCUCGCCAAUUUCACAAACCCUAACCAGAAAGUCAACAUAGACUUCAGCUAUGUGGUGCUGCAGCUAUACUAUGAUAAACACCUCAUUGCUAAUCAGUACAUCGAGCCGUUCUCGGCUUUAAACUCAGAAUCCAAGCUUGCUAAUGUGGAGUUCGUAAGCAGCCAAAUUCGGCUUCCUAUACUAGUCACACAACAGCUUGUUUUACAGGCACAGAGAAAUAGGGUUACACUUGAACUUGAUGGAAUUUUUCAUGUAAGAUCAAAUUUUGGAAGCCUAUUGAGAUAUUCUUACUGGUUGUAUGCACAUUGUCAAAUUGAAAUGACAGGUCCCCCUAGUGGUGUUAUGUUAACCAGCCAUUGUAGAACCAAGGACUGAUAUGAUGCAUUAUUAGGAAGGCAACACCAGAUUUUUUUUUAAAUUGUUUUUUGUAAAUUUUUUGGAAUUGUAUGCGAAGUAUUUUAUUAUUCAACCAUUAAUACAAGUUUCCAUGAAUAGAAAGAUUUCGAAUUUCAAAAACAAAGGCCUCUUUUGAGAUAGGCCAUGUAUGGUUAGGAGUUGUUAGUUAUCAGCUGGUGUGACUAGCGGUUAGUGUUAGCUGUUUCUAUUAGCCCAAAACUCUCUUCCAAACCUCUCCUAACCAAACACUUUCAAUUUAACUUUUUUCUAAAGGUCAAGCCUCUCAUUCACUCCAAAAAACUCUUUUUCUCUCAAACCUCUCCUAACCAACUCCCCCAUAGUCUCAUACUCAGAGACAAAUUUCCGAAAGAUAAAAUUCAACUCUUCUGCAUAUUGGAGAAAUAUUGUAAAAGACAUCCAGAAAACAUUACUAAAAGUUUAUAUAAACCCAGAAUUCAAAAUCAUUCAG